CGGCGGGGGAGGCAGGCACCGCAACGGGAAGGACGGGGGGAGGCGAGUCCCGGAUUCGGAAUAAGUAGGACUAGGACUGCAGCUCUGCUCCUGACGCGUAACGAGCUCCGCUGUAACCUUCAACAAAAAAACAAAAAGGACCCUCGUUUUCUGACUGCUAACUUGCUGCCUGAACUCUCGAGCCAACCGUCGUCCUUGAACCGCGAAGAAACUAAAAAGAGACGUUUGGGGUUUUUUUCCGUGGACUAAGAGAAUGGGAUUUAAAGAACACAACUGCCAGCGCUAAGUUGGGAAAACAAGGGAUAUAUUUUCCAGUUGAAUGGGGAAAUAACUCAACGCUGCGGAAAAGGGGACACGUUUGGUUAAACGGCGGUAACACUGUGAAAAAGGGGCAACGAUGGCAUUUGGGAACGAGGGAAAGUAACGUUAACGUUAGCUCGCUGGCUAGCGCCGUAGCUAACCUAGCAGGCUGCUAACUAAGCCUGUGUCGCCCUUCCAUUCCUGGAGCAGAGGAGGGGCGCUGGGGCUUUGUAGCAUUGCAGAUCUGCCCUGCAAUCUUUUGGAGGGGGUUAACUGCAAGAAUGGAGAAUCCCAAAUAUCUGCCACCACAGCUCGCGGGGAUCUGCCGUUAAACCGCGUCGUCUCGGUUCGUUCUCCCGGUUCUCGGGCCAGCCUGCGCUGGGGAUUUCAUCAAAGAUCCGCCAGCCCGGGGCAGCAGGGUCUAGUUGUGACAACUUCUCCUCGCAUGUGCCCCGCGGGGAUACGUGUUACACAACCGGGGGGAAGUGCUCCGCGUCUUUAGCCACCGGGGGGAGGGGGGGUCAUGUACCGGCCGACGUCGACGCGGAAUUAGCCGCCCGACCUGAAAAGUUGUGAUACUUGUCGAGACAUUCAAGGUGAGAGAACUUCUGGAGCAGGCCCCUGUGUGCUAACUCACAGGCCGAGGAGGUGCCUCGCUCGUCUACGACCUCCUCCAUCAUCAUCAUCAUCAUCAUUACUUCAGGAAUCAGCAAGUCGGAAUAAUCAUGUCGGGAGAAUUGCGUUUGAAGAAGCUGGAGAAGCUGAUCCUGGACGGGCCGGCCAAGUCCAACGGCCAGUGUGUGAGCGUGGAGACGCUGCUGGACAUCCUGGUGUGCCUCUACGACGAGUGCAACAACUCCCCGAUCCGGAGGGAGAAGAACAUCCUGGAGUUUCUGGAAUGGGCCAAACCCUUCACUUCCAAAGUGAAGCAGAUGCGCCUGCACAAGGAAGACUUUGAGAUCCUGAAGGUGAUUGGACGAGGAGCGUUCGGAGAGGUCGCGGUCGUAAAAGUGCGAAACACCGACAAGGUGUUCGCCAUGAAGAUCCUCAACAAGUGGGAGAUGCUGAAGCGCGCCGAGACGGCGUGUUUCCGAGAGGAGCGAGACGUGUUGGUGAACGGGGACUCCCAGUGGAUCACCACCCUGCACUACGCCUUCCAGGACGAGAACAACCUGUACCUGGUGAUGGACUACUACGUGGGUGGGGACCUGCUGACGUUGCUCAGUAAGUUUGAGGACCGGCUGCCGGAGGAGAUGGCCCGGUUCUACCUGGCCGAGAUGGUGCUGGCCAUCGACUCCGUCCACCAGCUCCACUACGUCCACAGGGACAUAAAGCCCGACAACAUUCUGCUGGAUGUGAACGGCCACAUCCGGCUGGCCGACUUCGGCUCCUGCCUCAAGCUCAUGGAGGACGGGACGGUCCAGUCCUCCGUGGCGGUGGGGACGCCCGACUACAUCUCCCCAGAAAUCCUCCAGGCCAUGGAGGACGGGAAAGGCAAGUACGGACCCGAGUGCGACUGGUGGUCCCUGGGCGUCUGCAUGUACGAGAUGCUGUACGGCGAGACUCCGUUCUACGCCGAGUCCCUGGUGGAGACCUACGGGAAGAUCAUGAACCACAAGGAGCGCUUCCAGUUCCCGCAGCAGAUCACCGACGUGUCGGAGGACGCCAAGGACCUGGUCCGCAGGCUCAUCUGCAGCCGAGAGCACCGAUUGGGCCAGAACGGCAUUGAGGACUUCAAGCACCACCCCUUCUUCGUUGGCAUCGAUUGGGAAAACGUUCUGGCGUGCGAGGCCCCCUACAUCCCCGAGGUCAGCAGUCCCACCGACACCUCCAACUUCGAUGUGGACGACGACUGCCUGAAGAACUCGGAGACCAUGCCCCCUCCCUCUCACUCAGCCUUCUCUGGCCACCACCUACCCUUCGUGGGUUUCACCUACACCAGCAAAUGUUCUCUAUCCGACCGGUCUUCCCUGCGCCAGCUGGCGGAGGAGCCGGGUCCGGCGGGCCGGGACCAGUUGGACCUGGAUGUCCAGCACAGCCUGGAGGACAGCCUGGCCACGGAGGCCUAUGAGCGGAGGAUCCGCCGCCUGGAACAGGAGAAAGUGGAGCUUAGCCGCAAGCUGCAAGAGGCCACUCAGACGGUGCAGAACCUGCAGCACCCAGCAGGUGGGGGCCCCCCCACCGCCACCAAGGAGGGGGAGAUCAGGAGUCUGCAGACGGAGAUCGACAUCCUCAAGAAGCAGAUCGCUGACUCAGGCCACCUUGAGAAGCAGCUGGAGGACGUGUCGUUGGCCCGCAGAGACCUGGAGGACUCAUCCAAACACGCCAAGACUCUGGAGAGACGGAUGAAGAGCGUCGCACAGGAGAAGGACGACAUGCACAAGGAUCUUCUGGAGGCCAACGAGAAGCUGAAGGCUCAGUCCAAAGAGCUGAAGGAAGCCCACAGCCAGAGGAAACUGGCCAUGCAGGAGUUCUCUGAGCUGAACGAGAGGCUCACAGACUUCAGGUCGGUGAAGCAGCGCCUGGCUCGCCAGCUGCGCGACAAGGAGGAGGAGAUGGAGAGCCAGGGUCAGAAGGUCGAGGCGCUCCGCCUUGAGGUGCGGAAGGCCGAGAGGGCCAAGAAGGAGACGCAGGCGCAGGCGGAGGAGCAGUCGGCGGAGGCGCAGAAGGAGAGGAAGCUGAGGGAGCGCAGCGAGCAGUACAGCAGGCAGCUGGAGGAGGAGCUGGAGGGACUGAAGCUGAAGCAGGCCGGCUCCUCCGCUGCCCCGGCCUCGGCGGACCAGACCCAGGAGGUGGGCCGCCUCCGGGGGGACCUGGAGAAGAAGACGCUCCUGUACGAGGAGGAGUUGGCGCGCAGGGAGGCGCAGCAUGGCUCCGAGCUGAAGGCGCUGCACAAGGAGCUGCGUGACGCCGAGGGCCACCAGCUGGCGCUGCAGAAGGAGAUCCUGAUGCUCAAAGACAAGCUGGACAAGACUCGCCGGGAGAGCCAAAGCGAGCGGGAGGAGUUUGAGACGGAGUACAAGCAGAAGUACGAGAGGGAGCGAGUUGUGCUCACUGAGGAGAAUAAGAAGCUGUCCAGUGAACUGGAUAAGCUGACCAGCAUGUUUGAGAAGGUGAGCGGCUCCAACCGGCAGCUGGAGGACGAGAUGAGGGAGCUGGCUGACAAGAAGGAGAGCGUAGCUCACUGGGAGGCCCAGAUCACAGAGAUCAUCCAAUGGGUGAGCGAUGAGAAGGAUGCUCGGGGUUACCUGCAGGCUCUGGCCACCAAGAUGACCGAAGAGCUGGAGGGACUGAGGAACACCAGCCUGGGAGCACGAGCCACGGACAUGCCGUGGAAGAUGCGGCGCUUCGCCAAGCUGGACAUGUCCGCCCGGCUGGAGCUGCAGUCGGCCUUAGACGCCGAGAUCCGAGCCAAGCAGAGCAUCCAGGACGAGUUGCACAAGGUCAAGGCCGACAACAUGUCCACGGAAUGUAAACUGCAGGAUGUGGAGAGCAAAAACCAGGAUCUGCUGGCCGAGAUCGACCGGCUGAAGAAGGAGACGGAGGAGCUGCGGCUACGAAGAGGUGUCAAGCACCAGGAUUCCCAGAAUUCCUUCUUGGCUUUCCUCAACGCUCCGACCUCAGCGCUCGACCAGUUUGACCGCUCGCCAUCCGUUGGCCCAGCUAGCAAAGGCAGACGUAUGGACUCUAUGGAUAACUUCACCCCAUCCAACACUCCAUCCAGGGAAGACGACCCUAAGUCCCAUCUCAAGUCCCGCUCGCGGUCACCCUCCAUGGCUAGUGAUAUGGAGCCCAUAGAGCUGAUGGACCAUCCCCCCCGCUCGGCGCAGACCCCCACCAUGCGCUCGGGAGGCUACGGCAGCAUCGGGCGCUCCUCUCCCAAGCCCAAAGCUCAUCAGUUUGUGGUGAAGUCCUUCACCACGCCCACCAAGUGCAACCAGUGCACUUCCCUCAUGGUGGGGCUCAUACGUCAAGGCUGCACCUGUGAAGUGUGUAACUUCUCCUGCCAUGUUACCUGUGCGGACAAGGCUCCAGCGGUGUGUCCCGUUCCCCAGGACCAGACCAAGGGCCCGCUGGGCAUCGACCCUCAGAGGGGCAUCGGCACUGCGUACGAAGGGCACGUCAGGGUUCCUAAACCCACGGGGGUGAAGAAGGGCUGGCAGCGAGCGAUGGCUGUGGUGUGCGACUUCAAGCUGUUCCUCUACGAGCUGGGAGAAGGAAAAGCAACGCAACCGAGUGUGGUCGUGAGCCAAGUCAUAGAUAUGAGGGAUGAAGAGUUCUCAGUCACUUCCGUCCUGGCCUCUGAUGUCAUCCACGCCAGCCGCAAAGACAUCCCGUGUAUCUUCAGAGUGACGGCGUCCCAGCUCUCCUACUCCAGCAACCACAAGCCCUCCAUCCUGAUCCUGGCCGACAGCGACCAGGAGCGCAACAAGUGGGUGGGCCUCCUCAACGAGCUGCACCGCAUCCUCAAGAAGAACAAGCUGAAGGAGCGCUUCGUCUACGUGCCCAAGGAGGCCUACGACAGCACGCUGCCGCUCAUCAAGACCACGCAGUCGGCCGCCAUCAUAGAUCACGAGCGCGUUGCCCUGGGCAACGAGGAAGGCCUUUUCAUCAUCCAUGUCACCAAAGACGAGAUCGUCCGGGUGGGGGACAACAAGAAGGUGCACCACAUCGACCUGAUCCCCCAGGAGCAGCUGCUGGCGGUCAUCUCCGGCAGGAACCGCCACGUCCGCCUCUUCCCCACUCAGGCGCUGGACGGCCGCGAGACCGAGUCCUACAAGCUGGCGGAGACCAAAGGCUGCCAGACCAUCGUGUCCGGGCCCGUCCGCAACGGCUCGCUCACCUGCCUGUGCGUCGCCAUGAAGAGACAAAUCAUCUGCUACGAGGUGAAUAAGAGCAAAGGACGUCACCGUCGGCUACGAGAGGUUCAGGCCCCGGGGCCCAUUCAGUGGAUGGGUCUGCUCAACGAGCGCCUCUACGUGGGCUACCAGUCCGGCUUCACCCGCUACAGUGUCCACGGUGACAUGGCCCCCGUCAACCUGCUCCACCACGAGGACCACACCCUGGCCUUCAUUCCCCAGCAGAGCCUGGACGCCCUGUGCGCCGUGGAGAUCUCCAGCAAGGAGCUGCUGCUGUGCUUCAACGCCAUCGGCGUGUACGUGGACUCCCAGGGCCGCCGCUCCCGGCAGCAGGAGCUGAUGUGGCCGGCGUUCCCCAACUCUGCCUGCUACAACGCCCCCUACCUGUCGGUGUACAGUGAGAACGCCGUCGAUGUCUUCGACGUCAACACCAUGGAGUGGAUUCAGACCAUCCCGCUCAAGAAGGUGCGAGCCCUGAACAUUGACGGCUCCCUGAACCUGCUGGAACUGGAAACGGUCCGACUCAUCUACUUUAGAAACAAGAUGGCCGAGGGCGACGAGCUGGUCGUCCCGGAGACAUCGGACGACAGCAGGAAGCAGAUGGUGCGCAGCAUGAACAACAAGAGGCGCUUCUCCUUCAGGGUGCCGGAGGAGGAGCGGCUGCAGCAGAGGAGGGAGAUGCUGAGAGAUCCAGAGAUGAGGAACAAAAUGAUCUCCAACCCCACCAACUUCAACCACGUGGCCCACAUGGGGCCGGGGGACGGGAUCCAGAUCCUCAAGGACCUGCCCAUGAACGUCCGUGUUCAGGAGAGCCGCGCCGGCUUCAGCGGCUCCGUCAGCAUCCCCUCCAUCACCAAGAACCGCGGCGAGCCGGGCCGCUCCAUGAGCGCCAGCAGCGGACUGGGCAUACGCUCCGCCUCCCAGAACGGCAGCGCCCUGCGCCGAGAGCUGUCCGGCAGCAGCUACGGGUCCAAGCGGCAGACCGUGACCUCGCCCUCCGAGAGCUCGCUGUCCUCCGGCGGAGGCGUGGACUGCGGCGACGCUCCGCUCUCCCAGUUUGACCGAGAGUGGCAGGCGGUCUCACCGUCGGAGAAGACCCCCGAUCUGAAAAGGGCUUUAAGGACCCUCCUUAGUAAGAUGAAGGAUUCAGACUCGCCACGUCACUCCACGGCCUCCAACAGCUCCACCUUCAGCAGCCCUCCCAGCCCGGCCUCGCCCCACAAGGCCAAGUCCCUGUCCCUGGAGAGCACAGAGCGCAUGGGCUGGGACACAUGAGCCCCCCCCCCGCCCCCCCGCACAGGACUCAACCCCCCCUCUCUCUCUCCUCCGCCUCUCAUCCCCCCCCCCCCCCUGCCCAGAGGACUGCACCUCUCGACAAACACUUACAACCUCCAUGACGGGGGCGGAGCUGGGGGUGUACACGGUGUGUGUGUGUGUGUGUGUGUGUGUGUGUGGGACGCUGUGUGUGCAUGCGUUUCACAUUCAGAGCGGGCUGGUGAUGAAGAGAAGCUCCGCCCCCCCCCCCCCCCCCCACAAUGCAACGAGAGGAUCCAGAGACGUUUGAUGCUGUACAUAAGGAGCGUUUGGGUUAUCGGGGACUAUAUUUUAAUUUAUUUAUCAAUCUUCGACGAGGAAAGGCAGGUUGGCAUCAGACGGGUGGAGCUUCACCCCUCCUCUUCCUCUCCUCCUCUUCCUCUCUUUCUCUUUGGGUGCCGCAACAAUUGAAAACGUCAACAGAAGCAAAGAGAGCAAAGAUUUGAGUUGUUUUCCUCCCGAUCUUAUAAGUGCAGCAACUUUAUCAUUUUUUAUCGUUUAUUUUGACCGUCAACAAGCGGCGUGACGAUGACAUCGCCACAGCUCCUCUCUCCUCAUUGGUCCGGCAAUAAUGUACAUAUAGAAGAGAGUAAUAUAUGAAAAGGAAACAAACUAUCGCCAGCUUUCCCUCUGACCCCCGAGUCGUUUCUUCCGAGUGAUUUUGGGCUCGUCGUCGCACACAAAUAACUUUUUAAACGGUUUCUUUUUCUUUUUUUUCCGAUAGAUUUUAGAUUAGUUUGUUUUAUAUUUUAUGUGCUUUUUGUUCCUUUUUCCCCACUUUGUGUUUGACUGAAGAAACCUCGCCACACACACACACAGCCGCUGUCCUGCGCCUCCUCUGACCGUCGUCAUGUGAUCAGUUAGUUUUAGGGGCUGUGGGACCUGGAUGGGAGGAGCUUGAUUUAACCAAAAAUGGAGGCGGAGCCUGUGGCGCUGUGAGAUCGAUUCAAACGCACACAAAUACACACUACAAUGAGAAAUACACACUACAAUGAGAAUGUACACAACAGUGAGCCCCGUGUGACUGAAGGAGCGGCAGGAGAACCAGUUCCCUCUGUGCCCCUCCCCCUCCCCCUCCUACGUCGCCGCUCAUUCCUGCCGAUUCCUACGCUUUAGAAAACAAAAGCUCAUUCCAAGUUCACUUUUUAUUUAAGUAUUCCAUUUUUUAGGCAGAGACGACCUCCUCCGUGUGACGCCGCUGGUUUCACAAGCGAGCUCCUCUUUUAACGCUAGUGACCCCCGAGCUCCUGCUGGAGCUCCUGUAGAAUGUAUUGGGGGGGGGGGGGGCUGCUGCUGCCGCCGCCGCCGCCAGGUAUUUUAUUAUUGGCCAUUAUUGUACAGAAGUGACCCGACAUGCCAGUUUAAGGAGGAGAAACUCAGGAAAUGUCCGAACCAAUGAAUUCUUUUCAUUCGAGUGUUUGAUGGAGUGAGUGAGGAAGAUGAGGAAGAUGAGGCGGUUCAGGUGUGUGACGGCUGAGGUCGCCGUGGGAAGAAAAUAAUACAAAAUAAUUCACCCGCCUUUGCAUUUCAGUGAGGUCUAUCCACCGGAGCGUCUCUAUUAUUUGUGCUUUCAUAUCAUAUUACUACACUUGUGUUUUUUCUAGGAUUGCUUUGUAAUAAUUUGUACAGUUUUGCAUGUUCUAGAUGUAAUCAUCUUGUUUCCCGGUUUGUUUUUCUUGCUCCUUUUUUGAACGGUUUUGGGCGUUUUACUGAGGAUAACCCACUACAGGAGGUGUAGGAUCUUUUUUGCACAAAAAAAUAUUUAAGGUGUAAAGGUCAAGACAAAAAAUAAUGUAUGGAACUGGCUGCCACGCGGUGGAGAACAUCAUAUUAACCCGACUCCGAUGUAUUUCAAUAAAGCGGAGAGCUGUUACAAAUG